GAGGAGCUGUGGGUGCAGCCAGCCUUGGAGAUGCCGAAGAGACGGGACAUCCUUGCGAUUGUCCUCAUCGUGCUUCCCUGGACUCUGCUCAUCACCGUCUGGCACCAGAGCAGCCUCGCACCUCUGCUUGCUGUGCACAAGGAUGAGGGCAGUGACCCCCGGCGUGAGGCACCACCCGGUGCAGACCCUAGGGAGUAUUGCAUGUCCGACCGAGACAUCGUGGAGGUGGUGCGCACAGAGUACGUGUACACGAGGCCGCCACCGUGGUCCGACACGCUGCCCACCAUCCACGUGGUGACGCCCACCUACAGUAGACCGGUGCAGAAGGCAGAGCUGACGCGAAUGGCCAACACACUGCUGCACGUGCCCAACUUGCACUGGCUGGUGGUGGAGGACGCUCCACGCAGGACACCCCUGACAGCGCGGCUGCUGCGCGACACUGGCCUCAACUACACACACCUGCACGUGGAGACACCCCGCAACUACAAGCUGCGAGGUGAUGCCCGAGACCCUCGCAUCCCACGGGGCACCAUGCAGCGCAACCUGGCCCUGCGCUGGCUGCGGGAGACCUUCCCACGGAACUCCACUCAGCCAGGCGUAGUGUACUUCGCCGAUGAUGAUAACACCUACAGCCUGGAGCUCUUUGAAGAGAUGCGCAACACAAGGAGGGUGUCUGUGUGGCCUGUGGCCUUCGUUGGUGGCCUUCGGUAUGAGGCCCCAAGGGUGAAUGGGGCAGGGAAGGUGGUUGGCUGGAAGACAGUGUUCGACCCCCACCGGCCAUUUGCAAUAGACAUGGCUGGAUUUGCCGUCAACCUGCGGCUCAUCUUACAGCGAAGCCAGGCCUACUUCAAGCUCCGUGGUGUGAAGGGAGGCUACCAGGAAAGCAGCCUCCUUCGAGAACUUGUCACCCUCAAUGACCUGGAGCCCAAGGCAGCAAACUGCACCAAGAUCCUGGUCUGGCAUACACGGACCGAGAAGCCAGUGCUGGUGAAUGAGGGGAAGAAGGGCUUCACCGACCCCUCGGUGGAGAUCUGA